UGGAACUACCGGUUUGAAAACAAAUGUCGAGUGGGAGGGAUUUUGGAUCUGUGGACGCUUGUGCGACGAGGAGGCGUCACCUUGUCUGUUUGUGAAAGAAACGAUGCGUGAGACUCAAGUUCAGCGCGAACUGCGGUACUGCCAUUGCCAGCAUGGAAAUUCCUCUGGUGAAUGGCGAUGACGAAUUAUUGCCAUCUGAAGAUGAGAGUGAUUGUGAGUUAGAUUUAGCCGGCGUCAACUGCGUUGGAGACCUUGCCGCCUUCUCAACUGCACAAGACAGAGGGAGACUCAUUAUUUGGUACAUAGUGAUAACAAACUUUAAAAGCUUCGCUGGGACGCGCACACUGGGGCCGUUUCAUGAGAAAGUUAAUGCUGUAGUGGGGCCCAAUGGAAGCGGAAAAAGUAAUGUUAUCGACGCAAUUCUGUUUGUAUUCGGACUGAAAGGCUAUAAGCUUCGUGCGAAGAAUGCGGCAUCUGUAAUCCACUGUUCGGAAAAAUUCCCCAACCUGGACAGUUGUACAGUGGAGCUCCAUUUCAGACAAAUUAUUGAACAGAAUGAAGAACACUUUGAAGUUGUUCCUGAUUCAAAAGUAACAAUUUCAAGAACUGUGAACAAGGACAAUGUAUCAUUCUAUAAGAUGAAUGGUAGUGUUGCCAAAUUUGACACAAUUAAAAUGUUUUUGAAAAGUCAUGGUGUUGACGUAGUUAGUGGUCGUUACUUAAUUUUACAGGGAGAAGUGGAGCAAAUUUCACUGAUGAAACCAAAGGCAGCAAAUGAGAAAGAGAUUGGCUUCUUAGAAUAUUUGGAAGAUAUAUUUGGAUCCUUAAAGUACAAGUAUCGAUGCCAGAUCAUCUCUGAGAAGCUAGAAAAAAUUAAAUCUAUUGUAGAAGAAAAACAAAAUGCAAGAAAUAUAGCAAAAGAUGAAAUGGAAAAUUUGAGGGAAGAAAGAGAAAGAACUGUUCUCCAUCUUCAAGCAAAGAAUGAAAUAGCUCGUUUAACACACAUUUUGCACCAAAAAUAUGAGUACCUUGCCAAACAACAGUUUGAAAAUGUUCAGAAUGAAAUUUGUCUACUUCAGGCAGAUUUAGAAAGCCAUACAAAAAGGCACGAAGAACUUCUAAACAAAAAAAAUGAAAUCACAAAUGUAGUCAGUGAUUUGCAAAGGAAUAAAGAUGAACUAUUGUCCAAGAAAGAAACUGUAAAAGAAUCACUAAAUGCUGCAGCAGUUCAGACAGAAAAAGUGCGGCAGGAAAUAAAGUCAGCAAACAAAAUGCGAGACAGAGGCGAGAAACGGCUUGCUAAUGAAGAAAGAAAGUUGGAGCAAGCUGCUCUGUUUCCAGGACAGUGUGAGAGAGAGAUAGAAAACCUCAUGAAACUUAAAGAAGAAACUAGGCAGGAACAACAGUUAAAGGAAGAGAAAUUUAAUGACAUGGUGAGAGAACAACAACCUUAUAUUACAGAUCUGAUGGAGAGACACAAAAAAUUGCUGGGUGAAUUAAUUCCAUUGAAGGAUGCAGUUUUAGAAAAGAAGAUAAAUAUGGAUACAGCUCAGUCAAAUCUUGAUUCAUAUGUAAAAGAAAUUCAGCAGGAUAAUGCAAAACGAGAGCAACUGGAGAAAGAAGUUAAAGAAAAUGAAUCUCAACUCAAAAAUCAAAGAAGUGUUCUGGAAGAGCGGAAUAGACAGAUCCUCUCAGUUGAAACUGAUCUACAACAAAAGCAUGAAGAGCACAGAUGCCUUAAACAAAAUCAUACUGCUCAUCAGUCUGAAGUGCAGAGAAUUAAAAAAGUAUUGGAAGAAACAAAAAGCUCUUUCCAUGCUGUUGAGUCAAUGAGAGGCCCCAUUGCUCAUCUUCUUAAAGCAAAACGAGAAGGAAUACUUCCAGAGGGCGUUUAUGGUAGAUUGGGAGAUUUGGGUGGCCUGGAUAAGAAAUAUCAUGUUGCAGUUUCUGAAGCUUGUGGUAGAUUAGACAAUAUUGUUGUGGAUACUGUAUAUACAGCUCAGCUAUGUAUGGAGUUAAUGAAGAGAGAGAGAAUUGGUAGAGGAACAUUUAUACCUUUGGAUAAGCAUCAGCAUCUGAUAUACAGAUUUACUCAACCCUUCCAAACUCCAGAAGGAGUGCCACGAUUAUUUGACCUCAUUCGUGUAGAGGAUGAACGUAUACUCCCAGCAUUUUACUUUGCUUUGGGAGACACUUUGGUGGCACAUGACUUGUUUCAAGCUAAUAGAAUUGCUUUCUAUGGAGGCCUGCGCUACAGAGUUGUUACUUUGCAAGGAAAUCUUGUUGAAAAGUCAGGCACAAUGACAGGUGGAAAAAGGACAAAUAGACCUGUUGGUAUGGGAGAAACUGCAACUGCUACCACACACACUGUAACAUGGAAUGAAAUUUCAAGAAUAGAAGAAGAAUAUGUUCAUGUGGAAAAUCAAUUCUCUAAUCUUUGUUCAUCUUUGGACGACUUGGAGAAUACCAUUACCUCCAAAGAAAGAUGGUUACAGUCGGCAAAGUUAGACAUCUGCAAGCUAAAUGAAGACAUACAACACAAAGUGGAAAUGCAGUCAGUGCUACUCAGGCAACUGGAAACAGAACAAGGGAGAAGUCAGACAUUGCCUGAUCCACAACUACAAGCUACUCUUGCAUUGGAGUUGGACAAAUCAAGAAAAGAACAUGAAACAGCUCUGAAGAAAUUUAGUGACAUUGAUGUGGAUUGUAAGCAAGUAAAGAGACAACUUCAUGAAAUUAAGACUGUAAGCUACAACAGAGCCCAAGAAGAAAUCCGUGAGGUUAAAGCUAGAUAUAAUGAUAUAGAUAAAAAAAUACGUAAAUUAACAUUUGCAAUUCAGUCGUCAGGAAGGAAAAAAGAAGGUGUCAUGCGAGAAAUAAAUGAAUUGAAAAGUACUAUCAAUGGAAUUGAAGUAAAAGUAAAAGGACUUCACGAGUCAAAGAAAAACUGGAAACAAUUACACUCACAAUAUGUGAACGAACUGGAGGAAUUGGAGGCAGCACUACAGAACAUUGAAAAGGAAGAGUCUGUACAUAGCCAUAACCUAAAACUCCUCACUGAUGAAGAGGGAGAUCUGAAUUUUAAGAUUUUAGACAUAACCAGUAAACUUAAUGAGAAGAAGACAACCUCAGAGAUGCACAGAAAUACGAUAAAUUUUUUGAGUAAAAAGCUAAAGUCAUUAAAGCCACAAGUUAUCCCUGGUAUAGAGGUCAAAGAGGAAUUUAGCCUUCUUAUGUCAGAUGAAUUACAGUACAUAAACCAGGCAAAACUGGAAAAUGACAUUGCAGUGUUAAAAAGCAGAAUUGGUUCUGAACUUGUAAAUGUAGCAGUGAUUGAAGAGUUCAUCCAGAAGGAAAAAAAAUUUCACCAACUAGAUUCAGAAUAUAAAGAAAUCAUUGCUAAGAGGGAUGAACUACAACAGUGCUUUGAGUUACGCUGGAAGAAACGUUUUGUACGAUUUAUGAACGGUUUCCGUUUUCUUUGUGUGAAACUGAAAGAGAUCUAUCAGCUUAUCUCCCUAGGAGGAGAAGCAGAAUUUGAGUUGGUUGAUUCAAGGGACCCAUUUACUGAAGGAAUUGGAUACAGUGUACGCCCUCCUCAGAAAUCAUGGAAAAACAUUUCAACACUUUCUGGUGGAGAGAAAACAGUUUCAUCAUUAGCAUUAGUUUUUGCAUUGCAUAGCUACAGGCCAUCACCUUUCUACAUCCUGGAUGAGGUUGAUGCUGCCUUAGACUCAAGAAACACAGCACUUGUGGGGCUUUACAUUAAGACAAGAGUGAAAAACUCUCAGUUCAUCAUCAUCUCCUUGCGUUCAGGCAUGUUUGAGCUUGCUCACAGGGUUGUGGGUGUCUUCAAACAACACCAGGUGUCUAACUCCAUAACUAUCAAUCCAUGUGUAUAUGUACAAAAUAGUGAAGAUUCUGUUGAUCUGAACUGAAUGACUGACUUGUAAUGUAAAAUUCGUCUGUGAUAUUCUGUCUGAUUCUUGAAUAAUUCCUUUUAUGUUUUAAUUGUAUCUAUGUUAAAAACUUAUGUCCCCCUAUUUGUAUUUAUAUACUUCAUAUUUUAUUCUUUGACACAGUAACAAAAAAUGUUUUAUAGGCCUAUUGUUAACUGACUUCAACCACCAAUGGCUAUCAUCAGAAUGAUUGGAAGGUGCAUCAGACAAUCACCAAGCAAUGCUUUGUCAAACAGUAAUGAAUUACGCAUUACCUGCUGACCAUCAGAUGCUGCUUUCACUCAUUCUGUUGAUAGCCAAUGGUGGCCAUUACUAUUUAAUGAUAUGAAGCAUUUUCUGUGAUUGUAUCAAAGAUAAAAUAUUAAUUGUAUGGUUAAAUAGUUAGUCACUAUCUGUACAACAAAAUGUCAUUUUUUGUAAAGUAUUUGUAUUUGUUAGCUUAAUGUAAGUUCUAUUAGACUGCAGUUAAUUUUUACAUUUUAAUAAUGUCAUAUCUGUAUCAUUCAUGUUGGAGUUUACCUAGUUAGCAGUUUGUCUUUGGUUAAACAUUGUAUUCUGAGCAGGGAUUGUUUCAUUUCUAUUAUGAUCCAUUAUACCUGGCUUAUUUAAAUUCUCCAAUACUGAAUUCAUUGGUCUACAUGUAAUUUUUACCUUUGGGUAAGUGUCAUAGAGACUACUGAGAAGUUACAGUACUGUUUAUCAGUAAACACCACUCUUGGGAGCUGUAGUAAAAUUGAAGAUAAUAUACUGGCUAAGUGUUGACCAACUUAGUUUUCAGUCAAACAGUAGUUCAGUGAUUAUAUUACUACUGCAAAACAAUCAGUUAUAGUUGUUAUUGUUAUAGUCUGGUUAUUCUUGAGUUCAGUGCAGAGCUUCUCUGUGGUUCUGCAUGAUCCAGCAGUUGGAAAACAUGUUUUGCACUUUGUGUCCCUAGCAAACCUUAUAACAGACCUGUAACUCUGCACCUGGUAACACACAUUGCUUCUCAAUUUUAUCUUCAUUUCUGAUUCACUUUCUUCCUUGAUGUCCCUGGAACAAACAUGUAGUGACCACUGAAUUGUUAAAUUUCUGUAGUUUUACUUUGCAGAGUCACAGUUAUAACAAUCAAAAUACACAAAUGUGAAAAGCUGGGUUCAAGUCUCUGUCUACUGUUAUCCUGUUCUGCAUAAUGAUGUCUAAUGGUAUGUAAUACAAAACACUAAUGGUAGCUUUUAUGUUGCGUGUGUUUCUCAUCAUUAUUUCAUUAUGUAUUUCAGCACUCUUUCAUACUUAUAUCCUUUCUGCUGUUUUUCAUGCUCUGUGUUUAUAACUUUAUAUCUCCUUUCACUUGAAAUGAUAUAACAAUACACUGCUGAAAUCUUGCUCAGUGUUCAGGAGGAACUGGAUUAAAAUAUUUUUCUUGACUA